GCAGGCUGCGUUCUACAGAUUGCUGCGAAGUGUGUGCGAUUGCUUAAUCAAUUGCGAUUUUGCGUUGCUCUGCUGAUAGGAUGCAGCGAGUAACGCUGUCCCUCGCGAGGCCUUUGCUCCGAGGGAAGAAGGCUUUCUGUGGCUGGAGGCUGUCUGCAGCUAUGUCCAGCUUACUCAUCCAGCGGCCCGACUACGCCUGGCUUAAAGAGCUGGGUCUGAAGGAGGACAACUCCGGCGUUUUUAACGGGAUCUGGGGAGGGCGAGGAGAGGUUGUCACUUCCUACUGCCCUGCAAACAAUGAGCCAAUAGCCAGAGUAAGACAGGCCACUUUGGAAGAUUAUGAAGAGACUGUACGAAAGGCAAAAGAAGCAUGGAAAGUAUGGGCUGAUAUUCCAGCACCAAAACGAGGAGAAAUCGUGAGACAGAUUGGAGAUGCUUUGAGAAAGAAACUUAAAGUGCUAGGCAAUCUGGUAUCUUUGGAGAUGGGGAAAAUUUCAGUUGAGGGUGUCGGAGAGGUUCAGGAAUAUAUUGAUAUCUGUGACUAUGCGGUUGGACUGUCUCGCAUGUUUGGAGGGCCUGUGCUACCAUCUGAACGUCCUGGACAUGCUCUAAUUGAACAAUGGAAUCCACUUGGUCUAGUCGGAAUUAUCACUGCAUUUAACUUCCCAGUUGCUGUUUAUGGCUGGAAUAAUGCCCUUGCACUUGUCUGUGGAAACUGUUGUCUUUGGAAAGGAGCUCCCACAACUCCUCUGACUAGUGUAGCAGUUACACAAAUUGUUGCCCAGGUUUUAGAAGAUAACAAAUUACCUGGAGCUAUUUGUUCCCUUACAUGUGGGGGUGCGGACAUUGGUGCUGCCAUGAGCAAAGACGAACGAAUAAAUCUCCUGUCUUUUACUGGUAGCACAAAUGUGGGCAAACAAGUAUCAUUAGUGGUUCAAGAGCGAUUUGGACGAUUGCUUCUAGAGCUUGGUGGAAACAAUGCUAUCAUUGUGUUCGAUGAUGCUGAUUUAAACAUGGUAAUUCCAUCUGUUCUCUUUGCUGCGGUGGGGACUGCAGGGCAGAGGUGUACAACAACUAGGCGACUGUUCUUACAUGAAAGUAUUCAUGAUGGUGUGGUGGAAAGACUGGUCAAAGCUUACAAACAGGUCCGAAUUGGAGAUCCAUUAGACUCUACUAUUUUAUAUGGUCCCCUCCACACUAAGCAGGCAGUAGAUAUGUACAAGAAUGCAGUGGAACAAGCCAAACAGCAAGGAGGCACUGUGGCUUGUGGUGGAAAGGUGAUUAAUCGUCCAGGGAACUAUGUGGAACCAACUAUUGUGACUGGACUUCCCCACGAUGCAUCAAUUGUUCACACUGAGACAUUUGCUCCCAUUCUGUAUGUUCUUAAAUUUAAGUCUGAAGAAGAGGCAUUUGCGUGGAACAAUGAAGUUAAACAGGGGCUCUCCAGUAGCAUCUUCACCAAGGAUGUAGGCAGAAUGUUCCGUUGGAUGGGACCCAAAGGUUCCGACUGCGGAAUUGUAAAUGUUAACAUUCCAACCAGUGGAGCUGAAAUUGGAGGAGCUUUCGGUGGAGAAAAACAUACUGGUGGUGGUAGAGAGUCUGGCAGUGAUGCUUGGAAACACUAUAUGAGGAGGUCUACCUGCACCAUCAACUAUAGCAAGGAACUUCCUCUAGCUCAAGGAAUCAAGUUUGAGUAAUGAGAGCCACUGACACUUUUGCAGCACUCAAGCGUUCCACCGAGGAACAAGAAAAUUAGGCUAUUUUGCAGCAGAGGAAUAAGAUCAUGUGAAUGAUGUGGAAUAACUAUACCUAUGAUUUAUCAGAAAUGGGCUUUUAUAAACUCUUUCAUUUUUCAGGUGUGUGAAAUUCUACGAAUCACUUUUUUUUUGUUUCUGCUGAUUCGAAAGCUCAUGUAUUUCUUUCCUGACAAUAGUACCUAAGAUGGAAAUAAAACCUGGUGUUUUUGAAAUUA